AUGGCUGGAUUGUUCUAUCUAGGUGGGAGAGAUAACAGCAAACAAGAUCAUCAUCAUCAAGACAAGGAUCAUAAUGAAGACAAGAGCAAUAACUAUCUUUAUCUAUACAAAGACGAGAUCUACAACAACAACAAGGGUUUUGAGAUUUGGCCACCUCAAUAUUUUCAACAGCAGCAACAACAACAAAAUCCUGUGGCUCCUCCAACAAAUCUCUACUCCUUUGGUAUGGUCCCAAGUGGUGGAAGCAAUAACAACAACCGGAGUAGUAAUCGGGGUCUGUACUUCAACGUCGUCUCCGAUCAUGAGCCGGUGAGAUCCUCUACGGGAGGGUUUACGGUAACGAGGCAAGGAAACAUGAACUGCCAAGACUGUGGGAAUCAAGCCAAGAAAGAUUGUCCUCAUAUGAGAUGCCGUACUUGUUGUAAGAGCCGAGGGUUUGAUUGCCAAACCCACGUGAAGAGCACGUGGGUCCCGGCUGCUAGACGCCGUGAGAGACAGGCUCAGCUAGCUACUGUGCCAGCUAAGCGGAUAAGAGAGGCUAGCUCAGGCGGUGGUGACGAUGAUGAUAGAGAGGACGAUGCAAAUGGUGGUGGCUCGGCUCUUGCUUGCACCCGUGUGGUUAAUGCUAGCUCUUCAGGGUUAGAGGCAAGCCAAUUACCGCCGGAAAUAAGUUCACCGGCGGUUUUCCGGUGUAUGAGAGUUAGUUCAGUCGACGAUGAAGACGAAGAGUAUGCAUAUCAAACAGCUGUGAGCAUCGGAGGACACGUGUUCAAAGGCAUUCUCUACAACCAAGGUCCAUCAGAUGACCACCACCACCGUUACAGCUCAAGCCUCGCCACGAAUACCUCUCAACACCAGCUUAGCCUCUUGGCCUCCACUGCUUCAGCCGCCACUACAACCGUCGUAGCUGCCGGUAAUACUAAUAACGGAUCGGUUGACCCUUCGUCGCUAUACACGGCGGCGGCGGCUCCGUUCAACGCCUUUGUUGCCGGUGGUACGUCUUUUUUCGCAACACCUAGGUCAUGA